ACAUAGACUCAUUCGCCCCUAUUAUUUUAAAUUCAAAUAUGUAGUUUACAAAUUAGGACAGCGUACAUACAAUUUUUUCUCUCGCACGUAAACAUACCUAGCGUUUAUUGACCUCCAGGCUCAAGUGUAACCGGUCUUUCAAUUGAUCGCUUCACAAUUCGUACGAAUAUUAUUAUAUUAGGACAUAGGUAGGUACCAUCUUAUCUUUUUCAAGCGAUUCAAGUUUGAAUGUCAUUGUUGAGUGUUGAAUCUGUAUUUAGUACUAUUAGAUUGUUGAUAAGGAAUAGACGUGGAUAGUGUUGUGAUUUAUUGUUAGUACUAGUGAUGUUCUAUAAUAGUAGUGAUGGAUAAAAUAUAUUUCACGAUAAACGGAGACCGAUUUACUUUGAGUGAGCGGAUCUGAAGUAUCUCCAACGACCAGUCUCAAUGAUUACCUACGUAACUACCUGGGUCUUCACGGCACGAAGGCCAUGUGCCAUGAAGGCGGCUGUGGGGCCUGUGUCGUGUCUGUCUCCAUGACACACCCUGGGACCAAGGAGAAACGGGUGUUUGCUGUUAAUUCGUGUCUCGUCCACAUUCUGUCAUGUCAUCAAUGGGACAUAACCACCAUCGAAGGGAUCGGCAACCGGAAGGACGGUUACCACAAGCUGCAGACCAGAUUGGCAGCUUUCAAUGGAACCCAGUGUGGUUAUUGUACUCCUGGAAUGGUUAUGAACAUGUAUAGCCUUCAGAACAGCACAGAUAAGCUGUCAAUGCAUGAAGUAGAGAGAUCGUUUGGUGGAAACAUGUGCAGAUGUACAGGUUAUAGACCAAUCAUGGAUGCGUUUAAGAGCUUUGCUGUGGAUAGAGAUUCCAGGCUGAAGGAUAGAGUUCAGGAUCUGGAAGAACUGGACAAAGUAAAGUGCAGGAAAAAUUGCGAAAGGAAAUGCUCGGAAGGAGACGAUUGGUGCAUCAUUGAAGAAACAAAUGACAGACUUAUGAAGCUAGGGGGAGCUAACCGGUGGUACAAAGCGUAUACUGUUGAUGAUGUUUUUAAGGUUUUAACUAAAGAAGGUACUGAUAACUAUAUUCUCGCCGCAGGAAACACAGGGAAAGGAGUAUACCCAAACACACCAGAACCUCGAGUAUACAUCGAUAUAUCAUCCAUAGAAACACUAAGGGACACAUUUACGGAUGGCAACCUAGUACUAGGUGCUGGUAUGACCCUCACUGAUCUGAUGUCCACUUGCCUGGCUCGAGCUAAAGCGAAUCAGGAGUAUUCGUACUUGAAACUGUUUUGGGAUCAUUUGGAGCUGGUUGCCCAUGUGCCAGUUAGAAACAUUGGUACAAUUGGAGGGAACUUGGUACUUAAGAAUAAGCAUCAUGAUUUCCCAUCGGAUGUUUUUCUUCUUUUGGAAACCGUACAGGGUUGCGUAACUACAGUGGAUAAUAAUAAGAAAGAAACAGUAACAAGAGCGAAGGAUUUUGUUCAAAUGGAUUUAAGCAACAAGCUGGUGAUAAACGUGAAACUACCGCCUCUGUCUUCAAAGAAUUUAAUAAGAACCUAUAAGAUAAUGCCUCGAGCUCAAAACGCGCAUGCAAUAGUGAACGCAGGAUUUCUUUUCCAUCUAGACAAAAAGAAUCUAAUAGAGUCAUCCAACAUCGUCUUUGGGAAUAUAAGCCCAGAUUUUAUUCACGCAAAAGAAACGGAAAAUUUUAUUCAAGGAAAGGAUUUAUUUAUUGAUGAAACUUUGAGAAAAGCGUUAGAGAAGUUACAACAAGAAUUGGUACCUGAAGACAAUCCGCCUGAACCUUCACCGUAUUGUAGGAAAGCUAUUGCUUUGGGGUUGUUUUAUAAGGCAGUAUUAUCACUCAGUCCAUCAGUAAACCCACGGUACAAGUCUGGUGGCGAAGUAUUGUCUCGCCCCAUCGCUACGGGUACUCAAACCUACGAUACAGACAAGUCAUUGUGGCCUCUCAAUCAACCUGUGGAGAAAUUGGAAGGAUUGUCGCAGUGUUCAGGAGAGGCUCGGUACUGUGGUGACAGACACGAAGCCCCGCGGGACGUGCAUGUUGCGUUUGUUCUAUCCACUAUAUGCGUGGGAGAAAUCGUAUCUUUUGAUCCUUCUGAAGCCUUGAAAACUCCCGGAGUUGUAGGUUUUUUCACCGCAAAAGACAUUCCAGGGAGAAAUACGUUCACGCCCAUUGAAGUUCCUUUGCAAGCAGAAGAUGAAGUGAUUUUGCCAGAGAAAAAAGUGUCCUAUUACGGACAGCCUGUAGCUCUAAUUGCCGCAACAACUCAUAAAUUGGCUAUUCGAGCUGCUGGUCUUGUAAAAGUGAAGUAUAAUCAAUCGAAACAGAAGCCAGUUUUGAGUAUUCAGGAUGCUUUGAAAGCCCCGGAUAAGGAUAAGAGGAUACGCCAAGAGAACUCAAUCGCACCGACAGACAAGGGAACAGACAUAGCACAUGUUAUAAAGGGCUCUUACUACGUCCCUGACCAAUAUCACUUCACCAUGGAAACCCAGAGUUGUACGGUGGGCAACACGCGCCGCGGCCUGGUCGUACGGUCGGCAACACAGUGGAUGGAUUUGGUGCAGUCUGCUGUUGCUAAAUCUUUGAAUUUGCCGUUGAAUAGUGUAACAGUAGAAGUGACCCGCAUAGGCGGUGGUUACGGCGCGAAAGCGGGUCGCUCGUCGCUAAUCGCGUGCGCAUGUGCACUCGUCGCGCACAAGCUAAACAGGGACGCCACUAUGGUGCUCCCGCUCACACACAACAUGGCGGCUAUUGGGAAACGACAGCCGUGCUAUGCGGAGUAUGAGAUAGCAGUCAACGCUGAGGGUGUUAUCCAAUACCUAAACCUCUCAUGCUAUUCAGACAAUGGUUGUUCCUUCAACGAUACCUCAGCUAGUGAUCUGCCCUCGGCUUUGUCCAAUUUAUACGAUACUUCGAGAUGGAGCAUCAAGACCUACAGUGUGCUUACUGAUAAAGCUAGUAACACGUGGGCAAGGGCACCAACUACAACUGAAGGUACAGCGGUAUCAGAGCACUUAAUGGAACGUAUAGCAUAUACGAUGAAAAAGGAUUCACUGGACAUCAAAAUGCUUCACAUAUCAUCAACAAAUAGUUCUAUUAAGGACAUGAUAGACCAAUUCAAAAUGGACACCAACUAUGAUGACCGAAGAGCUGAAAUUGCUAAAUUCAAUUCUGAAAAUGCUUGGACGAAGAAGUCACUAAGGGUUUCCUUAAUGGCAUAUCCUAUAAUUUAUUACGGCAAUUUUCCAGUUACAAUAUCAGUUUAUCACACAGAUGGUACAAUACUGAUUUCCCAUGGUGGUAUAGAAAUGGGGCAGGGUAUAAAUACGAAGGUUGCUCAAGUUUGUGCGUAUAGCCUGAAGGUGCCUUUAGAAAUAGUAAAAGUAAAGGGAGCUGAUAGUUUUGUGUCACCCAAUGCGAUGGCCAGUAGUGGUAGUAUUACUAGUGAGAGUGUAGCAUUUGCUACUAUUAAGGCUUGUGAUGAAUUGUCAAAGAGAUUGGAACCUGUGAGGCAAGGAUUGAAUGAACCGACGUGGGAAGAGGUGGUUCAGGCGGCGUUUGUGAAAGGUAUAAACCUGCAAGUAAGUGCGACAACAUCUGAAGAAAGCAAUUUACAACCGUACCCAGUGUAUGGAGUCGGUUCAGUGGAGAUAGUACUGGAUGUGCUGACGGGAUCUCACCAGAUAUCUAGGGUGGAUAUUGUUGAGGAUACGGGGCAGAGUAUAAGCCCCGCGUUGGAUGUUGGACAGAUCGAAGGUGCAUUCAUAAUGGGUCUAGGUCUCUGGACCUCAGAGAAGCUGAUAUUCUCUCCAACAGGCCAGCUGCUCACGGACCGGACGUGGACGUACAAGCCUCCAGGAGUUAAUGAUAUACCUGCUGACUUCAGGAUUACGUUUAAGAGGAAUUCUUUUAAUAAUAACGGUGUUUUGCGGUCGAAGACGACGGGUGAACCAGCGCUUGUCCUUGCGGUGGUGGUGACGUACGCGCUGCAUGAGGCCAUCUGUGAGGCUCGGAAGGAGUACGGCCAUGUUGAUACGGAUUGGGUGCAAGUUGAUACACCAUAUUGCGUCGAAAAUAUCAUCAAAGGAAUUGAUCCCAGUAUAAAUUAUUUUAAAAUUAAAUAGAAAACUGCAUCAAAACGAUUAAACCAACAAAGACAUUAAAUUACUUAAAU